AACCCUCCUUGUCCCCUAAUUCUCCCGUCUCUGAGUUCCGUUCAGCUUAAAAAUGAAUUCAAUGGCUGCUAAAAUCGUCAAAUUUUUACGCGUCUCUCCUGCCACAACACCCUGUUCUUCCCUUGUCAUGGGUGUGCAAGGAAGCUCUAGGUUGUGUUAUUCAACUGGUACAUUUCUUAGUGAUGACGAUGGGCCUGUAAGUAAUAAAGAAGCUAUAGAAAUUGAUGAUGAUGAUUUUCUUCCCGCAAAGCCCGAUUUGCAGUUGCAAAGUGUGGAUCCCAGAAAGGGCUGGAAUUUUCGGGGUGUGCACAAGGCUAUUAUAUGUGGCAGAGUUGGGCAAUCUCCCGUGCAGAAAAUAUUGAGAAAUGGCCGAACUGUAACUAUCUUCACAGUUGGAACAGGUGGCAUGUUCGAUCAGAGAAUCACGGGAGACAGAAACUUGCCUAAGCCUGGUCAGUGGCAUAGGGUCGCGGUGCACAAUGAUAUGCUUGGGCAGUACUCCGUUCAGCAACUUACCAAAAACUCCUCAGUCUACAUUGAGGGUGAUAUUGAAACCAGAGUCUAUAAUGAUAGUCUCAGCGGUGAAGUUAAAAGCAUACCAGAAAUUUGUGUGCGCAGAGAUGGGAGGAUUCGGCUUAUAAAAGGUGGUGAAAGUGUCAGCAGUAUCUCUAUUGAUGAGCUCCGAGAAGGAUUGCUGUAGAAGCUCAUUGGUAAAUUUAUCCACAUAUAGCAAGCAGUUGGGAGUGGAGGAAGCAGCUGAGGAGUAACGUGUUGUUUGAAAAAUAUUCUGCAGUGACAUAAAAGUAUUUUCUGUUCCAACUGUCACUUGAAUAAUGUCAGAUAUUACUUUGCCUUCCAACGACUAGUGUCCAUCUUCUCUCGCUUGUAUUUUGUUCAGAUAUGUACUAGUGUAAAUUUGUUUCUGCUUCGCCCAUGGCUCAUCUUAAACUCACAGAUCUUUCCAUCUUCACUUCUAUCUCAAUCUCAGCCUUUCCACGGCCAA